AGCAUAAGUAAACAUACACACAUUUUAACUACACCGUCCAUUCGACCAAAGAGAUCCUUCACUGGGAUGAAGUUUUUCUCCAUCCUCUGCAGCACUUUGGUUGUAGCUCACACAUUCGCUUUCAGAUAUGACGACUAUAAACAGUUCAUAGAACAACAGUCAAAAAACGCAACGUUCGUAAAACUAUUUGAUCAACAUGUUCAACGAUUCAAGGAAGCACAAUUGAAGUCAAAAGUAAAACUUGAAUUUCCAUGCCAACCAUUCCAGAAACCAAAAGAAGCCACGAAUGUUCACGAGCUGACACCCUAUGAUAUUAAGGCCAUUGGUGCUUUUGGAGACUCUAUAACGGCAGGAACAGGCAUUACGGCAGGGACUAUAAUUGGAGUUUUAAGAGAAGACAGAGGACUUUCGUGGAGUGGAGGUGGAGAUGGUAAUGUUGAGGAAUACAUCACUCUACCAAAUAUGAUAAAGAGAUAUAACCCAGAUCUUAAAGGAUAUGCUACAGGUUGGGGUCCGUACUGGUUUCCAAAUGCACAUCUGAAUGUUGCCAUACCUGGGGAAAAGGCGAGCGAUAUGCCAAACCAAGCCAGAAUGCUGGUAGACAGAUUGAAGUCUGAACAAGGUGUCGACUACCAAAAUGACUGGAAAGUCAUAACACUUUUCAUUGGUGGCAACGAUUUGUGUGACUUCUGUGAAGAUAGGGAGGCAUACUCAGCAGAAAAUUAUAUUGGCUACAUUCGAGAGGCAUUAGACAUUUUACACGCUGAAGUUCCAAGAGCUUUUGUAAAUUUAGUAGAAGUUCUCAAUAUAGGAUUUGCAUCAACACUACGCGAAGGAUUCGUAUGUGAUACUAUUCAGCUCUUUGGUUGUCGGUGUGGUUCAUAUCCUGACGAAAAAGAAAAGGAAGAACUUCAGGUACUGGUUGCUGCAUAUCAAAAAGUUACACGGGACUUGGUUGCAUCUGGAAGAUACGAUACAAGGGACGAUUUCACUGUUGUCGAUCAACCAUUCUUUUCAGAAACAGAAGUACCAACAAAAGAGGAUGGGACAACAGACCUAAGUUAUUUCUCACCAGAUUGCUUUCAUCUGAGUGUUAAAGGACAAGAAGCAGCUGCAUAUGCGUUAUGGGAUAAUAUGAUUGAACCAGUUGGGCAAAAGAGAAUAUCAUGGAGACCUGGUGUACCUGUUGAAUGCCCCGAUGAGCAAGCACCUUAUUUUUACACCAAAAAGAACAGCCCAAAACAAAAUGAACUUGAAAACGUCCAGAAUGAUAAGCAGGGAAGUGCACCCCAAACAGCCGAGAAAGGUUCGACGAUCAGAAACAGUGCCACUAUUACAGGAGCUGUAUUAGGAGUUAUAUGUCUGGUAGCCGCCGUAUGUGGCACUGUUUACCAUAUAAGGAAGAAAAGACGUUCAUCCUCAUAUCUAAAAAUUUAGAGUUAAUAGGUGGAUAAAUUAUUAUGAAAAAAAACUUUUUUGUUAUUAAUAAACUGGUCCAUAUCUGUGAUACUAAAUGUUGAAGUCGAUUCUGCAUUAUUACUUGAUUGAAAGAAAUUCCAAGUAUAAUUUUAUUCGAAAUAUUUUUGUUUUGUCUAGAUCAAGAACUGUAAAGGAUUCAUUAAUUAACUUUUCAUUUUCAAUAACCGGUAUAUGCUUUAUACAUUUUUAGAUUAAGGAUGAACAAUUAAUUAAAGUUGACCUUGACCUACAAGUAAGUCUGAUAUCGGAGUAAAACCGAGUAGCAAAGUCUUUGACUACAUUAGGCUAGAAAAACAUAGAUUUAUUAUUGAUAUAUAUAUGGCUUACUAUAUGAAAUAUCAUAUAAUGAAGUUUACAUACAUAUAUAGUUAUUGAUAACUAUCGUGAAAUGUUGAAAGCAUCGCACCAAAAUGAGAUUAAACAUUGUAAAUUGUUAUAUUCAAUAUUUACAAUUGUUAUGAAUUUAUAUAAGUAUUUUCAAAAUAAAUUGAAUAACAUAA